AUGUGGAAGAGCCUCAUCACCAGCGGCCAACAGGCCCCCCGGCGCAUUUGCCACCAAACCUCCGGCCUCUGGACACGGUCCCGAACCCCAGCAACGCGGAACCCAUUUAGCACAUCAUUGCAACUUCAGGCCGACAACAAGUCAACUCUCCAAGACCGCGAGUCGCUGAACCCCGAGCGAAACGAGGGCACCAAGUCCGGAACCGAUAAUGAGGUUGCCCACCAUCCGGCGGCCUACGACCCGCACAAUACCGCGCCAGAAAGCGAGAUGGAGGCCGCGGGGAAGGAAAAACAUGAGGAGGGUCAGGAACAUAACCCCUUGGACGUGAGCGCUGCCAACUCUGAUGUUAGUAAGUGGCGGGGACCGAAGGAAGGGGGACCUGAUCGGAAUGUUGAUAAAGAGAGUCUGAGCGGGAAGGGAACACCGAAGAAGAACCGGAGAAUAGAUGUUAAGGAGGAUGGAACUCAUGUUUCUUACCGAGACUAA